GAACUACAUGAAACUCCGUAUAACUGCGUUUUUCAUCUCUCUUUUUCCUGAUCCGUUUCCUUGGAUAUUUGGUUCGGUUGGCUUUCAGCGCAUACAUUAGACUGUUUAUUACAUUAGGCCAAGUCCACCGUGGUAACACAAAAAGGUCAUUUAUAGAGCUUCCCAAUGGAGAGAAGAGCUUUGGCUUUGAGGGCAAUGAUCAAGAAGCAUAGUCCUAAGAAGGAAAAUCUGGACCCUCGAAAGUGGAUGAGAGAGGAGGCUGUGAGGGGCUUUGCUGACUUUAUACUGAACAAGCACUUGGACUUAGAGACAGACAACAGCUUUGACAACAAAGAGAUGUUGCUUGAUGGAGAGAAGCAGUUUAUGGAAGCAGCUAAGAGGAAUGAUGUGGAGACCAUGAAGACUCUUGGAAGAGGGCUGAACGCCAAUGCAAGGAAUGUGCAUAAUAGGACUGCCCUUCACUAUGCAGUAGCUGGCAAAAACAAGGAAGCUGUUCAGUUUCUUCUACAGCGCAGGGUAAAGGUGGACCAAAAGGACAAGUAUGGUGUGGCACCCAUUCAUUUGGCUGCCUGGUUUGGCAGUUUGGAGAUCCUGAAAUUAUUAGUGCAGGCUGGGGCUGAACACAAGGUUGAGAACGAGGAAGGACAGAACAUUAUGCACUGUGCUGCUAUCAACAACCACACUGAAAUUGUUGAGUAUAUUAUUAAUGACCUACAAAUGAAAGAACUAGACAAAGAUGACCAGUCAGGGCACCGGGCGUUUGCAUUGGCGGCAGAGCAUGGGUGUGUUGAAAUGUUAGAGAUGCUGAUGGAGCCAUACAAAAUGGCCACCAUGAAGCCCAACAAGAGAGGGGACACGCCCCUGCACUUAGCUGCCAGGAACGGCCACUUGGACGCCGUCCAACUGCUGCUGCAGAGCUUUGAUACUCGGGAUGAAGUCAAUAUGGAUCGUGAGACAGCACUCUACCAGGCUGCAGACAACAGUCAGGAAGAAUGUGUCCUCGCUCUGCUGGAGGCUGGCUGUGACCCCAACAUCCUCACAACGGCCAAAUGCAGUGCCCUCCAUCCAGUUUCAGAAAGAGGAGACACAUCUCUUGUUCAAAUCCUCUUACCGUACAAAGCCCACACUGACUUUCAGAAUCAGCACCUUGAGGCUCCUCUCCACCUGGCAGUGAAGAACAGCCACAUCACUGUUAUCCAUUCUCUACUGGAUGCUGGCUGCAACGUUAAUGUCACCGAUAAGAGGUCCCAGACUGUUAUGCAUCUUGCUGCAGAGCUGGCCAGAAUAGAAAUUGUGGACAUGCUUCUUAAAGCCAGGCUGGAUCUGGCACUUCAGGAUAGGCAGGGCAAGACGGCUCUGGGUGUGGCAGCUAGAGCAGAUGAGGUGAUUAUUGUGGACAUGAUCAUCAAAGCAGAGAGAUACUAUGCCUGGAGGAAGGCCAACCCUGAGCUUAAUGAGAGUGUUCACAACGAGUUUCCGCUAACGUUUAAACUCGACCACCGCAAUGAGACCAGGCGACUCCGUUCGAUGGCCUGGCACCUGGCGUACGAGCUCCUGAAACCAGCAGACUGGAAAAGACUGGCAGAACACUGGGAUUUCACUAAGGAGCAAGUGUCUGCCAUUGAGGAGCAGUGGACAGGUCAGCACAGCUACCAAGAACAUGGGAACAGGAUGCUGCUGAUCUGGCUCCACGGGGAAGAGUUGGCUCAGAAGAGCCCUGCAAAAGAACUCUACCAGGGCCUCGUCCUCACAGGCAACAGGAAAGCUGCAGAUAAGAUUCGGAUGGAGGCAGAGAGUGCCAGCAAUAAGAGCUGCAGCGUUUCAUGAGGAUAAACACUGCAACAUACGGACUGACAAAAUUAACUCC